ACUGUUUGGUAUCAGUCCUGUUUUGGUACUCCAAUCAGAUAGAUCUUAGAAAAAUAACAAAAUGUUCAAGCUUGUUUUAGUGUUGGUUCUGGCAGUGGCUGCUGUUUCCGCUCAAUGGGAAGGUGGAUAUGGUGGAGAUCAUCAUCAUCACCAUGAGGAACACCAUUCGCAUCCUAAGUACAAGUUCGAAUACGGUGUUAAGGACCAUAAGACCGGAGACCACAAGAGCCAGUGGGAACAUCGGGAUGGAGAUGUCGUGAAGGGACAGUAUACUCUGCAUGAAGCCGAUGGCACUGAGCGUAUUGUGGAAUACACUUCCGAUAAGCAUCAUGGAUUCCAAGCACAUGUGAAACGCGUUGGCCAUGCUCAUCAUCCACAAAUCUAUGGACAUCAUGAGGGCGGCUACGGAGGUGCUGAAGGUUCGUUUGGAGAGCAUGGACAUGGUCAUGGACAUGCCAGCAGCUAUGCGAACUCAAAUUUGCAUUCUUAUCAUCAUUAAUUGAAUGUUCUGUUAGACUGAUCUCAAUAUUUUUUCGUAUCUGUCGUUCGUCGCGCUUAUCUGUGUAAAUACAUUUCAAAUUUAUUCUCAA